AGAUUAUAACAGUUAAUUCGUUUAUUCGUGGCGGAUCGCACAAAAGGCCGGCUCGCGGCAGGGUCACAGCGACAACACUUCGACUUUUAGUUCGAUUUUAUCCGUCGAUCGGUAAACAUCAACUUUGCACUCGAUUUGAAAACAAGUGACAAGUAAAUAUCAAAGAAACAAAAUGGGUGUUAAUCGAAUGAUUAUCCCAUCGUUAGUUGUUUGUUUCGUGUGUUUUGUGGCGUUGUCACACAGCGCCCCCUCGAGAGUGAAAUACGAUCAACGACAGGAAGGAGAUCUCAACGUGCGUGCUGAUCUGGAAAAUUUUGUUAUCCUUGUAAUUCCUACGAAUGCGGGGGCUUCUCCAUCAACGCUGGGUCUUCUUGAUUUAUUAUCAAAGGCGAUUCCUAUGAGGUCCAACAACAAACGUCAAAAAACCGUGCGUAGACCAGUUCAACCGACGCCAUCUUUAUUGGAAGAUAGCGGCGAGGUAGAUGCUUUGGACGAUACACAAUCCUUUAUUGAAUCUAAAACAGCUCCGUACCACGUGGACAUUACCAAAUCCAGAAAAAAUUUGGCUAAGUUACAUCCGAAAACUCAAGAUGGCGGACAGGAGGAACUCUUAGUGUCACCGAAUUUAUCUUUGAUCAAAGCCGCUGAAGAAGAAGAUGCUGGAGUUGAACACAACGAAGACGGAACACGUCAAGGGCGUAUGUUAAGACUUUCAAAAGGAUUUGUUCUUUCUAUGCCCUUGGAAGUUGAAGAAGAUUUGGUAAAAAUCGACAAUAAAAGAAUCGAAAAGUCAAAGGAUACCAUUCGAACCGAAUCAAAGGAAACGAAGAAAAAGGUUGGUCUUGUCAAGGGAAAGGACAAACCUGCUGAACCCAAACUGAAAUUGCUUCUUUUGGGUGCUGAACAUGAUGAAGAGUGCGGACCGGGAUACGCAAGAGACGAUAAUGGAGUGUGCAUAUUUCUGGCACACGUUUAAAUGCAGAACAUGCUGAGGACAUUCAAAUGAGGAUUUAUUUAUUUUAUCAGAUACUCAGUAUUUAUUAUUUUACUUGUGAUUUUUAUAAAUUGUGGUUGUUGUUGUAUUUCUUUAAAUAAACUGAUUUUUUUUAAA